GGCUGACAGAAACAAACGGCACAUGAGAAAAAGGUCCUCUGCUUUAAGAUUAAAUGGCGCGACCUUUUCUUCAACUGUGAGGUCUUCAAAACAAUCGACGCCCGCGGCGCGUGUCUCGCUGCGUACCGGCGUCUCUUUUGGAAAACUUUCAAAAACUUUCUCCCCCACUCCACUACUUGUUUAUUUGGUCUGUGCGAUAGCGCUUAAAUCAGAAGUACACACUCGCGUUUUUAACUGUCGUCUGCCGUGCGGCGCGGGUUUGCGCGGGAAAAGUUUGUUGUUGCCCUUGGCAACGAAGCCCCGCCUACCGACAGUGUUCAAUCAAGGCUUCCUGGUCUCGUCGUAAAUAGCCUAGAAUUAUACGGGAAACGAACGGGAGCGGAGGGCGCCUGAUUCCACUUUGCACGCGCGCCGUUUUGGUUUGGUUGUCCAUCCAGGCAAGCCGAUCGUACGUAACGUAGGACUGAAAUGUCUGCCGGGUUGUCAUAUCGUCUGCUGUGUCUUGCCGCGCUGGUGUCGUUGGGCGGGCCGGCCAUGGGUUAUCUCAGGUCCGGGGGAGCAAGGAAGGUGCGCCGGAGAACGUGCAUCGUGGACAAAAUUCCCGUACAGGAGGACUUCAAUCUCGCUAAGUUUGGCGGAAAGUGGUACGAGAUCGCCCGGGUCAGACAUCACUCCUUCCGCGGUCAUCCUGACAUAGUGUCGACAGGGGGCGCUUUUGUGUUCGACGUCAAACCCAACGGCAGGGACGCCUCCGUCUCGUACUUCGGAAAAAUUGACGGGCGGUGCCAGUUGAUGAUCCCGGGCCGGCUGAUGGCCACCAGUUACGACCCUCCCGCCAAAAUGACCUACAAGUUCGCAGGCUUCAACUACCCGUUCGACGAGGGUGACCUGUGGAUCCUGGACACAGACUACCAGAACUACGCCCUGCUGUAUAACUGUCUGGUCAGGAACUCGGACGGGACGUGUAGGCGGAACAUGAACCUCGCCUGGAUACUCAGUAGAAGGCCCACCCUCUCGGCUGAGAUGCGGAAGAAGCUGGACCAGAAGCUGUACACCGUCUGUGUGAUCCCCUACAACCGGCUCACCAACACACCACAUAACGGUGACGAUUGUUCUCCGUCCCUGACGACGUCUACUCCGGUCGCCCCGACAACUACAGUGUUCAUCCCUACCACAACGAUAACGGCAGUACCGCCCACAACAACCGCCAUCCCCACUACCUUGGAACCAACAACAACAACAACAACAAUACUAGCCACAACAAUAACGAUGGUGCCAACAACAGUUUCUCCACAAACAACAACAGAACGGACAGUAGAGAUUUUAAAUGAAGAAGAAAACUCCCUCGGCAGCGGGUACAUGUUCUACAGAGUAGAGGACGGUUCGGAGAGUUCUGGAUUCGGGUGUCAGGACCUGGACUGUUCCAUCAGCUGUGCGGGGGGAUACAGGGAAGACGACUACGGCUGCGAGAUAUGCGAGUGUAGAGAUGAAGUCCCUGUAGAACAGAACAGACUGUCCCGGCGGCUACCCACCUUCUGUCAGGAGCUGACCUGUGACCUGGACUGUCGCCAUGGUUACCGGACAGACGACUAUGACUGUGAGGUGUGUGAGUGUCUACCGCCCAGCAGAGACCAUGCCGUGGCGUUCCGAGCGGCACAGGCGCAGAGACCGAUCUGCCGGCCACCGGACUGCGAGUGGAUGCACUGCGACUGGGGACUGGACCAGGACGAGUCUGGGUGUGAGGUGUGUCGGUGCAGGGAGGACCCAGACCGCCGCUGCAGGCGGACGUUCCAGGCCGGCGUCAGCAAGUGUUUCGACGACUUUCAGCUGACGUCACGACGGAACGUCCAGAACGACCCCCAGGAGUACUGCAGAGCGCAGAGCGGACUGUACAGGUGUUACGGCGCCAUCCUGUUCACGUCAGGCUGUAGUCAGGAGAUUAUGGCAAUGCACUGCAAACGUAUCUACCUGUACUGUAUCUCCCACAGAGCACAGAGCGGACUGUACAGGUGUUACGGCGCGAUCCUGUUCACAGCACAGAGCGGACUGUACAGGUGUUACGGCGCCAUCCUGUUCACGUCCGGCUGUAGCCAAGAGAUUAUGGCUAGUUUGUACGAGGAGCACAUUCGGCAGGGUCUGGAGUAUGUGCGGCGUUACUGUCAGCAGUGGGUGCAGUACGCGAGACGGGUAGGACAGCGUUUCUUACUCCCAGGGGAGGAUGGUCACCUCAUGACGCUAAUGUCACAUUUCCACAAAGAGGCCAGGUCAUAA